GCCAGUAUGAGAGUAUGAAUAAUGCCAAUAUAAUAACUCAAUUAAUUCACAUAUUAAAACUAAAUUCACAAAUUAUAAUAUUAAAUUAAUACCUUAUAAUAUAAAAUUCGCGUUGAAUUCAUACGUAAUCCCGAACACCCCAAUAUUCAAAAGAAAAAGAAUGGCAGAGUUCCUAACAACUCCCAUGGAAGCUUUCUCCUCUAAAACCCACGAAAACGUGCAAUCACAACCCUUUAAUGGAGUUCUUCAUAUUCAGAAUCAAUCUAUCGUAUAUAAUUUAUGCCUCUUUCGUCUUCGCAAUAUUAGUUUAAAAUCGGAGAUCGUGCAAAUGGCCGGCAUAUGUUUCCUAAACAAUUAAGUUCCAUCACUAUCAAUGCCAGAUCUAUCCAGGGUUUUGCUCCAUGACUUCACCUAAAUCACUACACGAACACGUAGAAGAAGAAGAAGGAGAAGAAAUAUAUUUAUGUUCCUUAUUCAACAUGCGACAACAUCGCCGGGAAUAUCUCGGAACGCGGUUUCGCACCUCCUUCUUCAGUGACUGGUGUGUUUUUCUUCUUUCGUCACCAACAAUUACGAGUUUCUUCUUUUUUCAGAUAUUUUUUUUAUACAAAAAACCUGAGAGAUCUCUACAGCUCAUUGAAAAUCUCUCUUUGCCUUCGUCAAAUUUAAUUUAUAGUUUCAGUAUAAGACUGUCGUACGUCAUCAAUAUGCAAGUUGAUUGUGUUGUUAUCAUUGAAAUCUGUAGUUAACCUCUUUCAGUUUCAAAAUCGUUAACACAUAUUUGUAACUACAUUUUAAUCAUAUACAGAGUAUUGGAAUAUAAAUCAUUUGGAAAAUUAAGAACUAAAUCGAUCAAAUGUUGCAAUGAGAAAUUCAUUUGGUAGAUAAUCUGAGUUUUAUCGGUUUUUAUCUAACAAUUAGCCAAAUGUAGGAAGAUUUUGAUCAUUGCUUCAGGAAUUUAAGAUGACAAUAAGUGUAAUCUAGUAGCUACACAUUUGUCUUCAUAUCUCUUCUGUGUCUUGAAAUGAAGAAUGAAGUUUUUAGAUAAACAAUUGACGAUUAUCCCCUUCUCAAUUCUCAAUGAUGCCCCUUCUGACACGUAUCCCUGUCAGCAUGUUGAUUAAUCUGAUUCAAACCCUAUGAAAGGUCACGUUAGCUGUAUUAGCACCUAAACAAACAUUCUAAUGAUUGUUUAUGACAUAAUCAAAUUCUUCUAUUUUAAUAUGAAUAUAAUAUGGUGAUUAAACAAACUAAACCAAUCAACUGACACAUAACCCAUCCAUAAAUAGCUUCUCUUGACACUUGUGAUUUGACAGAUAACUCCAAACAUUUAUUCUUUCAUUUCUAUUUCUAUUUUCAACUAUACAAAAAAAAAAAAAAUGGAAUCUGUGUCUACUCUUUUGGAAGGAGAAAGGAACUACUUUAGUGGAACAUAUGUUAGUGAAGAAGCUGAUUUCAUGGCACAAUUACUUGGUAACUUUUCAACUAAAUCACCUAAAACUUCCACCUUUGAAGAUUCUUCUUCCUCUUCUUCUGCAUUUUGGUCACAAUCACACCAUGAAUCCACCAUGAAAGAUGAUUACGAAGCUUCAAUAUCCAUUUCAGACAAUGCAAACACCAAUAGUCUUCUUUUUCCCACUUCAAGCGGGGAAAGCUACCUCUCAAUCUCCUCUUCAGGUGGCAACAACAAAAGGGGUAUUUCCGUCAUUCCUUUUUUCUCAAAAAUGGAAGGAGAGGAAGCAACUGAGUUUGAUAACAUGACACCAAGUUCUAGGAAACGCUCUUAUAGCUUCGAUGAUGUUCAAAUGGGUUGGAAGAAGACAAAGUUUACAAGCAUGAAUGACUCAGAUGAUGACUCGAAUAGAUUGCAAGAUUUAAGCCCAAGACCACAAGGGGUUCCAAUGGCGAAUUCAAGUGGCAAGAAAAGAGCAAGUAAUGGCUCAGCAACCGAUAGUCAAAGUGUCUACGCAAAGAAAAGAAGAGAGAGAAUCAAUGAAAGGUUGAGAAUAUUACAGAGUCUUGUUCCUAAUGGUACAAAGGUUGACAUAAGCACGAUGCUUGAGGAAGCUGUUCAAUAUGUUAAAUUUUUGCAACUCCAAAUCAAGCUUUUGAGCUCUGAUGAUCUAUGGAUGUAUGCUCCUCUUGCGUACAAUGGUAUGGACAUUGGACUUGAUAUAACUCUUCCUUCACCAAGAUAAUACAUGAUUCCAUGAUUCUAUAUUUUGCUUUUUUUUUAUUCAAUUUUUUGAGUCCAUAACAAGAUAUAUGCUUCUAUGUUCAACCUUCAUGGUUUUUUUUUUCAUGAACAUGGUGUCUUAAAUGUUUAUGGACAUGAGCUUUUUCUUUAAUUAGUUUUUGUAUGAAAAAAUGUUUGCUAAUUUGUUGCAAACAGAGUGUUGAACAUUUCUUGAUAAAGGCAAUAUUGUCAAUUUGUUCUUCUCAAUUCUCAUGUUGUUUUACUUGGUAUUUUUAACAUUUUUUGAUAAACGAGGAACAAACAACUAGGGCUCACAUUUGAUCUCUGUCAUAUGUGCAAAAGACAUGAAUGCCCUUGUCAUCCUUAUCAUUGAAAAUAGCCCUAAGUGUCUAAAUCUAAUUCAAAUUGGACACAGACCAAGUUUUCUACAGUUCUACACUAGUCUAUAUAAAGAUGUGUGUAAACUCUUCAAGGGAUAAUUAUGUCUUUUCACGCAUGAUUCUCGUUUACAUGA